GACCGCGCCGCGCGUGGGGCUGAGACACCCGCCCAUCGCCCGGGGGGGGGCAGAGACGGGGGGGGCCACCACCAUGGUCCCCCCCAAAGGACAGUCGUGCUGAGCGCGCCCCAGCCCCCCCCCCCCGCCAUCGGCAGCUGGCCUGUGAUGCGGGACGAUGCCCCGGAGCCCCGGGUCCAGCGAGGAGGAGAGGGUCUCGGAGUAUCCCGAGGGGGAGUCGGACUCCGAAAGCUCCCGCGACGGCCCCCCCGGCGCUAGCCCCGGCCCCCUGGACCACAGGACCCAGGGGCCCCCCAUGUCGGUGCCCGACGACGCCCGCUUCAGUAUGAUGGUCUUUCGGAUCGGCAUCCCCGACCUGCACCAGACGAAAUGCCUGCGGUUCAACCCCGACGCGGCCAUCUGGGUGGCCAAGCAGCAGAUCCUCUGCACUCUGAACGAGAGCCUGAAGGACGUGCUGAACUACGGGCUCUUCCAGCCGGCCACCAACGGGCGGGACGCCAAGUUCCUGGACGAGGAGCGGCUGCUGCGUGACUACCCCCAGAGCUUCGAGAAGGGCGUGCCCUACCUCGAGUUCCGCUACAAGACCCGGGUUUACAAACAGACCAACCUGGACGAGAAGCCGCUGGCGAAAUGGCCCACCACGACUGGCCUGAAGAAGUUCCUGGAGUACGUGCAGCACGGGGCAGCGGAGAAGGUGGCGCGGCUUCUGGACAAGGGCCUAGACCCCAACUACCACGACUCAGACACGGGGGAGACCCCCCUGACGCUGGCAGCCCAGCUAGAGGGGACUGUCGACGUGAUCCGGCUGCUCUGCCUCGGGGGUGCCCACAUUGAUUUCCGGGCACGGGACGGAGCCACCGCGCUGCACCGGGCAGUGUGCACCCGGCGCUACGCGGCCCUGACGGCGUUGCUGGACCUUGGGGGCUCCCCGAACUACAAGGACCGUCGGGGCCUCACCCCCCUGUACCACACAGCCAUGGUGGGGGGCGACCCGCGCUGCUGCGAACUUCUGCUCUACAACCAAGCCGACAUCGGCACCGUGGACGAGAACGGCUGGCAGGAGAUCCACCAGGCCUGCCAGCACGGGCACUCCCAGCAUCUGGAACAUCUGCUCUUCUACGGGGCCGAGCCGGGAGCCCAGAACGCCUCCGGCAACACGGCGCUGCACGUUUGUGCUCUCUACAACAAGGAAAGCUGCGCCCGGAUCCUGCUCUACCGGGGGGCCGACAAAGAGAUUAAGAACAACGGUGGCCAGACGCCUUUCCAGGUGGCUGUGAUUGCUGGGAACUUCGAGCUGGGGGAGCUGAUCAAGAACCACCGAGACGCUGAUGUGGUCCCGUUCCAGGAGUCCCCGCAGUACGCAGCCCGGCGCCGAGACGGGGGGCGCAGCCUGGGGGUCCCCCACCUCCUCCUCCGGGCCAAUAGUGACACCAGCAUGACCGUGCCGGACUGGAUGCUGUACGGCUCCCCCGCCGCGCCCCCGCCGCCGGCCACGGGGGCCGGGCAGGCCCCAAAGGUCACCACGGGGACCCUGCGCAGCGCCAGCAGCCCCCGCGGCGCCCGCACCCGCUCCCCCUCCCGCGGGCGCCACCCCGAGGACGGCAAGAGGCAGCAGCGUGGACGCCCCAGUUCUAGCGGUUUCCCCAGGGACUCGGCGGCGGGUGGGACCCUGAACAGCCGGGGAAUGAAGCGGAAGCUUUACUCGGCCGUGCCGGGCCGAACCUUCAUGGCCAUGAAACCCUACCAGGCCCAGGCAGAGGGCGAGCUGUCCCUCAGCAAGGGCGAGAAGAUCAAGGUGCUGAGCGUGGGCGAAGGCGGGUUCUGGGAGGGGCAGGUGAAGGGCCGGGUCGGCUGGUUCCCCUCGGACUGCGUGGAGGAGGUGCAGACCAAGGCACAGGAUGGAAAACAAGAGAGCCGGAGCGACAAGGCCAAACGCCUCUUCCGACACUACACGGUGGGGUCCUACGACAGCUUCGACGCCCCCAGUGACUACAUCAUUAAGGAGAAGACGGUUUUGCUGCAGAAGAAAGACAACGAGGGGUUCGGUUUCGUCCUGCGUGGAGCCAAGGCGCAGACCCCCAUCGAGGAGUUCACGCCCACCCCGGCCUUCCCCGCCCUGCAGUACCUGGAGUCCGUGGAUGAGGGGGGCGUGGCCUGGCGCGCCGGCCUCCGCAUGGGGGACUUCCUGAUCGAGGUCAACGGGCAGAACGUGGUGAAGGUCGGGCACCGGCAGGUUGUGAACAUGAUUCGCCAGGGGGGCAACAACCUGAUGGUGAAGGUCGUCAUGGUAACCAGGAACCCUGAGAUGGAAGAGGCCAUGAGAAAGAAAGCGGCUCCCCAGCAGACGAAACGACUGCCCCCCCCAGCCAUCUCCCUGCGCUCCAAAUCCAUGACCUCCGAGCUGGAGGAGAUGGUCUCCCCCUGGAAGAAGAGGAGCGAUUACGAGCCGGCGCUGGCCACGGAGAAGAAGAGGACGGUCUAUCAGAUGGCACUGAACAAGCUGGACGAGAUCCUGGCUGCAGCUCAGCAGACGAUCAGCGUGGGGGAGGGGCCCAGCUCCGGCGGGCUCCCCUCCCUGGGGAAGGCCCGAGGCCCCAAGGGCUACUUCACCUCCGAGUCGAACUUCGAGCCGCAUCGGAUGGGGCAGCCCAGCUACGAGCGCCCGUCGUACCUGCCCCCCGGUGCCCCCCAGGGCCUCAUGCUGCGCCAGAAAUCCAUCGGCUCGGUGGAGGACGAGAAGCCCUACCUGGCUCCCCCAGCCAUGAAAUUCAGCCGCAGCUUGUCGGUCCCCGGCUCGGAGGACAUCCCCCCGCCCCCCACCACCUCCCCUCCCGAGCCCCCUUACAGCGCCCCCCCCUCCGCCACCGGCCGCCUCACCCCCGGCGUGCGCUCCACCUUCAACCCGGCCGCCGAGGCCAAGCUCUACCCGGCCUCGCUGCACCAGGAGCCGGCCGCCUUCGAGGGCCCGGCCCGGCGCGACAAGCUGGCCAUGUACCGCCAGGAGCUGGAGCGUGGGGCCGAGGCUGGGCCCGCCCGGGGCUGGCGCGGGCACCACCCGCACCCGGAGCUGCGUUACUACAACCUGCCGGCCCGGGCGGCCAGCGCCGCCAUGUACGUCCCGGCCAAGCCGCUGCGCCGGAAAGGGCCGCUGGUGAAGCAGACCAAGGUGGAGGAUGAGCAGAGGCAGCAAGGGGCUGCCCCCCAGACUCAGCCGCCCCCGACGCCGCCCGCCUCGGCGCCGCCCGCCCCCGAGAAGAACUCCAUCGCCAUCCCCACCAUCGUCAUCAAAGCCCCCUCCACCAGCAGCAGCGGGCGCAGCAGCCAGGGCAGCAGCAUGGAGGCCGAGGGGCAGCCGGAGCCGGCCCCGGUGCCCGCCCUGCCGCUCCACAACAGCAUGGACUUCACCAGCCAGUUCGGCGCGGCCCUGGUGGGGGCGGCGCGGCGGGACCGGGAGUGGCACAGCGAGGCCCGCCGCCGCUCCGCCCUUUUCCUCUCCACCGAGGUGCCGGAGGACGAGGCGCCCGAGCCGGCUCCGGCGCCCCGGCUCCGGCACUCGAAGAGCAUCGACGAGGGCAUGUUCUCGGCCGAGCCCUACCUGCAGCUGAAUUACGCCCAGCCCCUGCCGCCGGGCACCUAUUACCAGCCGCGCCCCGCCAAGGGCUAUGGGGGCACCAGCACCACCAGCGCCUUCACCACCGUCUGCUCCAGCUUCCUGCCCCAGCUCCAGCCCCGGCCGGGCGGCGGGAACGUCCCGCCCCUCAUCCACCCGCUGACGGGCAAGAUCCUGGACCCGGGCUCGCCCCUGGGCCUGGCGCUGGUCGCCCGGGAGCGGGCGCUGCAGGAAUCGCACUCCCAGCAGCUGCAGCAAGGCCGGGCGGAGGCGGAGGAGCGACGGUCCCGCCCGUCCUCGCCCCGGUUCGGGGAGGUGGCGCCGGAGCCUUCCGGAGGAGGCGGCUCCAUCCUGCGCCUGUGGGGGGCGCCGGCGGGCGAGCCGCGCCCGGAGAGCCCCCGGCGCCGGGCCCCCUCCGAGCCGAAGGGCGGCCCGUGGGCGGGGGAGAAGCGGGGGGAGGAGGGGGCCGGGGCCGAGAAGCUGCACGUGCGCUUCGUGGAGAACUGCCGGCCCCGGGAGGAGAGAGAGCCGGCACCGGCCCAGGGGGUGGAGGAGAACGGGCUGCCCCUGCUGGUCCUCCCGCCGCCGGCUCCCUCCAUCGACGUGGACGACGAGUUCCUCUUCACCGAGCCGCCCCCGCCGCUGGAGUUCUCCAACAGCUUCGAGAAGCCCGACUCCCCCAAGGCGGGCCGGGAGCCCCCCGCCGUCCCCGCCCCGGAGCCGGCGCCCGCCCCGCCGCCGCCGCCCGCCACCGCCGCCCUGGACUCCACCACCUCCAGCCUGACCUCCUACGACAGCGAGGUGGCCACGCUGACCCAGGGCGGGGCGCCCGAGCCCCGGGAGGCCCCCCACGUCAACUUCUCCUCGGUGGUGUCCUCCAUCCAGAUCCCGGCGCCCGAGCCCCCCGAGGCGGUGACCGACUCGGGCAUCGAGGAGAUCGACAGCCGGAGCAGCAGCGACCACCACCUGGAGACCAUCAGCUCCGUCUCCACCCUGUCCAGCAUGUCGGGCCUCUCCAGCGAGGGGGUGGAGCUGCUGGACAGUUACGUCACCUACCUGGACGGCCAAGCCUUCGGGGGCCCGGCGGAGAAGCCCGGCAAGCUGCGUUCCCGGCCCUUCCCCGCCCGCCGCGACCCCGCCACCCCCACCAGCUCCACCAUCUCGGUGGCGGCCUGCGCCGAGAGCGUCUUCACCCUCACGCCCGCCCCGGCCCAGGAGCCGCCCGCCCCGCCCCGCCGCUCGCCCACCCUGCCCUGGGAGGAGGGCGGGGCGGCCAAGCCCUCGCCCGUCUCGGCCAUGAAAGCCAGCAUCAUCAGCGAGCUGAGCUCCAAGCUGCAGCAGAUGAGCGGGGUCUCGUGGGCCCGGCCCCCCGACGCCACGGGCCCCUUCGGCGCCGACCGGCCCGGCUCCCUGCAGCGCCAAAGGCUCCCCGAGGACGUGCCGGGCCCCUCCAAGCCGCCCAGCAGCCUGUUCCACAACUGGCCCAAGGCGGGGCCGGGCCCCAAGCCCCCGAAGAGCGUGGAGUUCGACAUCCGCCCGGCGCUGCGCCGCGCCCCCAGCCCCGCCGCCCUGCCCAGCGAGCACAAGAUCAGCCCGGCCCCCCGCCCCUCCUCCCUGCCCAUCCUGCCCUCCGGCCCCCUCUACGGCGGCCUCUACGACCUGCGCGGCUCCCCCCCCUCCGGCCCCGGCCCCUUCCCCGACUUCCCCUCCGGCAGCCGCUCCCUCUCGCCCACCCACUUCCUGCCCCCGGCCACGGACAAGCCCUUCGGCGCCAAGCCCCUGCCCUUCUGGACCAAAUUCGACGUGGCCGACUGGCUGGAGUACCUGAAGCUGGGCGAGCACCGCGACCGCUUCCUGGACAACGAGAUCGACGGCUCCCACCUGCCCUCGCUCACCAAGGAGGAUUACAUCGACCUGGGCGUCACCCGGGUCGGGCACCGCAUGAACAUUGAGCGCGCCCUCAAGCUCUUCCUGGAGAGGUGAUGAGAGAAGCCCCCGCCCCCGGAGAGGGGAGCCCCCAGCCCCCCACCCCCCAGGAGAGAGGGGAGGCCGCCCCCAGGCCACGGAGGCCCGAAUAGAUGACGCCAGGAGCAAGGAGAAGCUGGGCGGCGAUGCCCCCCCACCCCCCAGAGAGUGAGGGGCCCCCGGCGAUGCCCCCCCCUUGGAAAGAAAGGGGCCUUGGAUCCCGGGGAGGGGGCUGGCAGGCGAGGGAGGGAACCUUGUGUAAUGGCUUGGCUCCGUGCCGCCGUGCACCAUUGCUCAUGUGUGUGCAUUCACUUGUGCACCGGCUUGCACCGUUGCUCACGUGGGCACGCUCCCCUGUGCACCCACCAGCAUAAUCACUAGUGUGUGCGCGCUCUGUGUGCCGUCUGUUGCAACGUGUACCCUCGGCUGGGCGUUAGCUUGCCCAUUAGCACACUGCGAAUCAGCGGACGUUGUCGCUUGUGCAUGCACACUCGCCAUCUCACAGUAUUGCUCACGUGUGUACAUUUGCCUAUGCACCGGCUUGCACCAUUGCUCACACGUGCAUGCUCACGUGUGCACCCCCUUGCAUCAUCACUAGUGCACCCAUGCUCUAUGUACCAUCUGUUGCACAUGGACACUCAGCUAUGCGCUAGCUUGCACAUUUGCACACUGAAAAUCAGCGUACACUGUCACUUGUGUGUGCACACUCACUGCCAUAUCACACCAUUGCUCAUGUGGACACUUAGUUGCACGUGGGGUUGCACCAAUGCUUGUCUGCACAUUCAGCUUUAUAUCUGCUUGCACCAUUGUCCAUGUGCUCAUCUGCUUGUGCCAUCAGACAUGGACACAUUCAGCUACUCACCAGUUUGCACCAUUGCCCACACAAGCAUACUUAGCUGGGCCCCAGCUUGCACCAUCACUCACACGUGCACGUUUGGAGCAUUGGCUUGCACCAUUGCCUGCACGAGGACAGUUGCCGUUGCUUGUAUGUGCACCAUCACCGUACUCUCCCCCACCACCUUGCACGCUAGCCCCUGCUCUACCCAGACCGGGUCACGCUUUCUCACGCACGUGUCAGGGGCUGCAUGUGCCUGUGCCUUGCUGGGCUGUCUGUGGGUUUGGGGUGAACCACCCCUCACUAGUGCUCCAAGGGGGAGGGGUGAAUUGGG